GGCACAAAUGAGAGGAGAGAAGGAUCUGAGAUUUAGAGGAUAAUGAUGGAGUACUUGACCUCUUGUUCCAAACAUCUUAUGAAGUAGUUGUAACUAGAACUGAUUCCACACAUUUUCUAAAAUUAAUUAACUACAACAUACAACUAUUUCCCCAACCACUGUUUUUAAAAUUCAGCUCUUGAGUAAUACAAAAACUCACCUGCAUAGAUCUCUAUCAUACAAGACAUGAACUUAUAUCUAACAUGUUAGGGUAAUUGGCAGAUAAUUUCUUUAGAACUCCUUUACUAACCUUGGGAACAAAGAAUUGCUAGAGAAUUUUGAUUUUGGAAAUGCCCUGCGAAGAUACUAGAUAAAAACUACCACUACCUACCACUACCCUCACCCCCAAUAAAGAAAAAGAAAAACAAAACAGAAAAAAAACAAAAACAAAAAAAAGAGAAGACCCACAUAGUCUCCUAAUGACAGAGCGAUCUUUAGUACAUUUUCUUCUGACAACAGAUUCAGAUACAACACUGCCACUCUCACGGUCAUUAUCCUAUGAAAUGCCUCUCAGUUACAAUCUGUCUAGCCCUCAGUUUAGUAGAAUAACUGUUUCCACAGCUGGACAGAAGACUCCUAGAACUACAUUGGUGGGCCAUUCCAGAUCAGAAAACAGCUUGGGAGUCAACAGCUUCAUAAUGACAAAGAAACAGGCUCUGCCAGUCUUUGCUCCUGACACACCUGUAACUGGGGAAGGAGAAGAUUAUUUCCUAUCUUUGUUUGGUGAUUCAAAGAAACUUUUUACACCUUCAUUCCAUGCUGAGAAAGCCUGGAAGCACUUUUCUAUGAUUCUUGAAGAAGUGGGACAGUCUAGAUCCAGUGCUCUUGGAGACAUUAAAAUAGCUGAAGUAAAUGUCAAAGGUUUAUUUGUGAAGCUCAUUAACUCUUCUCUUGACAAAGAACUGGAGAUUGGAGGUCAUAUUCUCCAGCAAAAUGUGAAUGGACAAACAAUCUCUUUGUAUCGCUUCCUUCCGAAUAUCGUAAUGCAAGCCAAUUGCACAGUAACAGUGUGGGCAGCUGCAUCUGAAGCAAAGCAUCAGCCACCAUCAGAUUUUCUUUGGAGAGAACAAAACAAGUUUAAGACAGGCCCAAAUUGUACAACGAUUCUGUGCAAACCUAAUGGUGAAGCUGUUGCCUGGUACACUCCUAUUCACUGGAAGCAAGCGUGGGAGAAAUUAGAGACUGACAUUGAAUUUGAAAGAUGCUCGAUAGUAAGUCCGUCUCAAAGACACAGGUUUCCAUGGCCAGUAUCUAGAACUACAACUGAAGAAAAACAAGAUAAAUCUGAUAAAGAUAUCUCAGGAUAUCAGAUGAAACAAGUUAGAGUUUUUCUUAAAAGAGAAAAAGAAAAUCCACCACUCCCUUUUCCCAAUAGCAGCCCAUGGUGCCACAGUCCCAAUGUCCCUGCACAUCCCUACUGUCCUCUGAUUGAACCUUGCAAUAACUGCACGGCUGAAAGCAGCUUAGAUAGACAGCCUAGGCCUCAGUCAUCCAGGCCUGAUCCAGCCCAGGGACCAAGAAAAAUAAGACAUUAGAGCUACAAAAACAAAAAGGCAGUCAACUCAACUUUUAAAGGACAAUAUUAUACAAAUCCAGAGACUACAAGGAUGCCCAGCAUGUCACAGCCAGCCUUCCACAAAGGAGAAGCCAGCAGCAAGCAAGAAAAUAGUUUCUUCUAAAAAAGAUAAUUCCUCAGGACUUUACAGUAACCAUUCCUUAAAGAAGGAAAUAGAUUUUGUGGUCAAGUUAAACCAUUUGUUUUCUAGGCUGUUAAGAAGAGAAACAUUGAUCAAAAGUAAAACCAUCCCAGUCUUCACUUUCUGCACAUGAUGUUUCCCCAUCGUUCAUUUCAGUCUUUUAUAACCUGCUCAGCUGUUAGGCCUACUAUUCUCCUGCUUCUGCAGGUGCAUUUUCCAAAAGCAAUAUUUCAGGAAUUCUGAAACUA